CACUCUCUUUAUAUUCCUCAAAAAUCAAUUAACUCCCAUCUUUGCACUCCUUCACCUUCCCUCCUCUCAACCCCAUUUCUUUUAUUAGCUCAUGAAUACAUACAUAUAUGCACAAUUAUAUUACGCACAUAUGUACUCAUUAAAGUCUCCGAAGACAUUAACGGAUGUUUUCAGAAGCUCAAGAACUCCAGCAGCCACUCCAUUCUAAUGGCAAUGCACCCCCGCUCCAUUAUUUAAUGCGCUCACACCCAUUCCACAUCCCUUUUGUUUAUCGGUUGCUGAUUUCUAUAAGAACUCCUUGAGAUCCCUCGGGACCAGAACUGUCAGAAAAAACUUGUCAGAGACAUGUCCUGUUGGAUCAUCUCCUGAUGGGUCCUUCGCGUUCGCCGGCGGUAGCUAAGCUUGGCGCGUUCUUCGCGAUGAUAGUUGUUGGGGUUCUCGGCGAUAGCACCGGAAAGGAGAACAGCUACUUCAUCAGCUGGGAAGAUUUGCAGGUCGACCAGCGCAGGGAGGGGAUGCACUCAAGGGACGAGUCGGGGUUCAACUGGACGGCAGGCCGGGUCAUUGUGGUGGAUAGGGACGGGAGCGGGGACUCGGUCACGGUCCAGGGUGCAGUUGAUAUGGUUCCGCAGAAUAACACGGAGAGGGUGAAGAUCCUCAUCCUCCCUGGGAUUUACAGGGAGAAGGUUCAUGUGCCGAAGAACAAGCCGUACAUUUCGUUCAUCGGCGACAAUAACAGGACUUCCGAAACCGUGAUCACUUGGAACAACAAGGCAUCGGAUAAGGACAGCAGCGGAUGUGAGCUCGGGACAUACAGAUCUGCAUCUGUCACGGUCGAGUCUGAUUACUUCUGUGCUACCGGGGUCACGUUCGAGAACACAGUGGUGGCAGAGCCAGGAGGAUACGGGAUGCAGGCGGUGGCGCUGAGGUUGUCUGGCGACAAGGCGAUGCUGUACAGAACUAGGGUCUUGGGGACGCAGGACACGCUGUUGGACGAGAGUGGAUCCCAUUACUUCUACCAGUGCCACAUUCAGGGCAGUGUCGAUUUCAUAUUCGGCAGAUCAAAAUCGCUAUACGAGGACUGCGUACUGCACUCGACAGCAACGAGAGCAGGGGCCAUAGCAGCCCACCACAGGGACUCACCGUACGAGGACACCGGCUUCUCCUUUGUGAACUGCAUCAUCAAUGGCACCGGGAGCAUCUUCCUCGGAAGAGCUUGGGGCAACUACUCAACUGCUGUAUACUCUUACUGUUACUUCGACAACAUCAUCACUCCCGCCGGUUGGAGCGACUGGAAUCGCCCCUACAGGCAGAAGACAGUCGUGUUCGGGGAGUUCCAAUGCCGGGGGGCAGGAGCGGACACAAGGGGUCGGGUCCCAUGGUCGAAAUAUUUAAAUUACGACCAGGCAAGGCCGUUCCUGGACAGAAAGUUCAUUCAUGGAGAAGAUUGGCUCAGACUAUAGCAUUACCUCCUUGCACUCAACAUAUACAUACACUUCACAUAUAAAAUACAUAUAGAUAAGAUACUUUUUUUUUU